GCCGCUGUAAACGACAUCACUUUCCAGCUACUCUUCCAACGAGUAACACCUCCAAUUCUCUCCUCCGAUUCGAUUCGAGUGACGCAUUAAAUUUUUAUUAUAUACAAGACAGUACAGUUCCAUUUGAAACAAAAAUGAAAUCCGUUGUGAUCCUGAUGUGCCUGGUCGCCGUCAUCUCCGCUACAUCUGAAGUCGAUUACCUUAGACGACGCAGCGGCGUGGUAGUCGGCAAGCCGAUGCAAGUCCCAGUUUUCCCCAACAAGAGGAACGUCAACCAACAGAAGCGACAGGUGGAUUUCGAUGCUGGAAACCGCCCCAGUGCCGGACCUUCCGCCAGACAGCAGCCAGCCGGCGUACCUCUCCAGCAUGCUUUCCGCGCUUCUCCUCCAACUGAAUUGCGUCGCCCUCAGGCUCAACGCACCCAGGAGCGCGCUCAACCAGAUCAACGCCCUGCUCAGGAGCGUCCCCAACAGGAGCAGGAAAUCGAUCCUUCCACCCGUGGCGGAGCUCCGCCAUCUUUCGGUCCUUCAUCCACUCCGUCGGAGAUCUUCGCCCCAUCCAGGGAUGCCAUCGAACGACCAGUUGAACGCCCAGUCGAGAGACCCGCUCGCCAGCAACCAGCCCAGCGCCCAGCCCGCCCUUCCGCUGGAUCAUCCGCUGAGCGUCCCCAAAGGCAACCCGAAUUCACCGGUGGAUUCCCUUCCGGUUUCACCAGCGGACUUCCUUCCUUCGACUUCCAGGGACGCAUGCCAGAGCCCGACUCCAAGAGCGAAGGAUUCAUGGAUAGCGCUCUCAACGAUUUCCCCAACUUGAAAGCUUUGGGCGGAUUCGACGCUUUCCCCGAGGCUGGCCGUGAAGCAGAAGCCCCAGCCAAGAGACCAGCCCAGAACCGACCUGCCCGACCUAGCGCUCAGAAAAACAAACGAGCGAGUGGCAACUUGACCGAAGAGACAUUGACGUCGAAGAAUUCAUCGAAGCGAUUGCUGAAGAACAAGAAAGAGAAGCCCAUCGUUUUGGAGGAUGACGAAGCGAUGCUGGAACCGGAUUUCUCGCCCGUCAACAGAUCCGGCAGCCACCAUCAGCCGACCGACAUUGCCGACAUCAUCGCCGAUUCUGUCGGAGAGGAGCAGCGUUUCAGCCCUUCUUUCCUGCCCAACAGCGGCCCUUAUGGCACACGAGUCAGCCCAACGGUGGCGCCCAGUCCUCCACUGCCGGGCCCUUCGUCGUUCCGUUCCCGUCGGCCGUCAUCCGUCGGUUCCUUUUCCACCAAGAACAACCGACAGAAUCAACGGACGCCCUACGUGGCCGAUAAUUUCAACGAAUUCGUCGACGGGGAGAAUAGCCUUUUGGGUUCGGGCAAUUUCGACAUUCUCGGUGGCGGAGUCUUCCGCGACACGAACGACUACCAGCGGCCGUACGUCAACAGUCAGCCGCAGUACUUCCCGGCCAGCUCUCCGGCACCGUCGCCAAUCAUCCAGGACACAUUCCGGCCUCAUCAGCCCUUCUUCCCGUCCAACUAUCCGUCACCACCACCACCGCAGAUUGGCGAUCAGUUCGGAGCUUUCGUACCGCCCGUCAAGCCAUCGAUCAACAACAACAACAACUACGCCAACCUUCCCAAUUUCCCGAGCUCGUUCUUCAACGACGAUGACUUCUUUUCCAACUUUAGGGACUUUGCCGACGUCAAUCAAGAUUACCGUAACCCGUAACGGAUUUUUUAUUUUAAUUUUUUUUUUUUAUGUUUGAAAUAAUUCCAGAAAUGGUAUUGACUCUGUUACGUAGUAGACCGUUAAAAAAGACGUACGCAUGCGCCACUCUGUGCCUUUUCUGUGUCAUACUGUCCUCCUUUUUUUGACCAACGAAUUUUGUUUCGUGUACAAUUUUCUCAUCAGUUCAGAUUCUCUCCCCCCGCCCCAUCCCGUGAAUAAGUAGGUUAACGUGUGUACAAAAAACAUAUGCCACGAUUGUCGCAGACCCUUUUCCUGAUUAAUCCGCAUCUACACCAUUCGAUCGAAGAAAAAAACCCGCAAAGAAAAUAUUUUCAGUUAUUCCUCCCACUCAUCGAAAUUAAUUCGAUGUUUAUUCUCCCACGCUGGCCGUGUGAGGAAAUGGGCGGGAGUUACUAACACAUAUUUUCCGACUAAAUUUUGUUUUUCUUUUUUGGUUUCAUUUCCAACAGAAAAACGCAAAACUUCAUUCACGCAAUCCUCGUCGCUUUUAAUUUCCCUCGUCUUUUCAUUUAAAUUUUCAAACCAUCACAGAGCUUAAUCCUGGAAUUACGAUAAACGCAAUACAAUUAUUAUUAUAGUA